AUGGGAAAGUCCAGACUAACCCCUUUGAAACCUGUUCCGAUACCAAGAAUGGAGUUAUCUGCUGCUGUGCUAUCAACCAGAUUAGACAGACUGAUUCGUGAUGAAAUCAGGUACCCCAUAAACAGCUCUGUUUUCUGCACUGACAGUACAUGUGUAUUGCGCUAUGUAGAGAAUGACAAGAAGAGAUAUGAGACCUUGGUCGCUAACCGCGUAUUGGCGAUAAGUGAACAAUCCCUGCCCUCUCAAUGGAGGUAUGUGGACACAAGGCUUAACCCUGCAGAUGAUGCCUCGCGAGGAAUUUCCGCUGGCGACAUAGUUCAGUCUACACACUGGAUUAAGGGCCCCGAUUUCCUCUGGCAUGAUGAAGCAACUUGGCCUCAGUGUCCUGCUGCCAUGAACGAAGAUCAGGGGAAAGACUACAAUCUAGAUGUAAAUAGAGCUCCGUUUGUUAGCCUGGCUUCUGCUACUGCCACACCAAUUGAGUCCAUGUUCGAACGGUUCUCUAACUGGCGUAAACUUAAAAAGUUCGAGGGUUGGAUGCUGAGAUCCAAGAAUAACUUGCGAAACGCUGUUGUUAAGCGAAAGCAAGGAGGACAUUCACCCCCUCAAAGUGGGAAGAAAAUGAGACCUCUGGAUGUUGAAGAGUCUGCCAAAAGAGCAAACAUCGAAGUAGUACAAAUCGGCAGCUUUCCAGAUGAAUGGUUGUCCCUAAAGGAAACAAAGAAGGUCAAGAAGGCAAGUCACGAUCAAACUCGAUCCAGUUCUUAUAGAGGUUCUUGUGUGUUGGUGGCCGCUUACAAAACUCCCCACUCCAAGACGAGAUGA